CAAAAUGUUGCAUAUUGUGAAGUGUAGGCCUAUCCAUCACGCAGUUGCCAUUUUUAAAGUAGUUUUUUCUCCUCAGUGCCAGUUCUCAUAGCAUACAGUUUUUCUGCACCAUUUUAAACCUUGUGAGUGCAGUGCAUGGGUGCAUAUUUUGUGAAAUUCUGUGUAACAUGUCUUCAUAGAAUAGUGUAGAAGUGGUUGUGUGGAAUGCUGCCAAACCCCAUGGCUUCCUCUGUCAUAGAUAGGGUGCCGCUGACAGCAUAUACCUCCAGGUUAUCUAGUGAAAAUAACUACAAUGUGAUACCGUCUAUACCAGUUCACUUUCAAUGUCAUAUAAAUAAAUAAUAUUAUGCUCAAGAUAAUAAAUUGCCCUGUGUUCAGAUGAGACGUUAAACGGCUGUCCUGACUCUGUGGUCACUAAAGAUCCCAUGGCACUUAUUGUAAGAGUUGGGGUGUUAACCCCAGUGUCCUGCCUAAAUUCCCAAUCUGGCUCUCAUACCAUCACGGUCACCUAAUGAAUGUGUUCUCAGUCAAUUUACCUGGCAAAAUUAGGGUUAAAAAAAUGGCUAUUGCAGACAUGCUGGAUAUAAUGACGAGAUGCUUGAGUCUCCGCCCAAACAAUGGGAUUCCUUGUCCGCAGAACGGCUCAUUCCGUAGCAGCAAAGAUAACAACAUAACACUCGUUUUAUAAAGGCAGAUAUAAUUACCGUAGACGCAUAUCAUAGUUCAAAAGAUGAGCAUUGUACUGUAUGCUCUCCAUGGGACUACCUGUGCAUUUCUACUGCCUGGGUCACCUGUGCGACUAAAGACAGAGAGGAAGAGGCGAAGGUAUCAGCCGGUUCUGGCUCCUUGGCAUCAGAGCCAGACCGAGGCCCCUGCGGUGGACAAUUGGUUUCGGCACGCUGAGGAAACCUGGGAGGCAGCCCACGUCCACCUUCAGCGUGCCAUAAGGCUCCAGAAAAUUGGCGCAGACCGUCGCCGCAGUGAGUCCCCAGUGUUCGCACCAGGGGACAGGGUCUGGCUCUCGACCCGAAACCUGCCCCUUCGCCUGCUCUGCCGGAAGCUGGGUCCGCGGUUUGUGGGGCCGUUUAAAGUCCUGAGGAGAGUGAACAAGGUAUGUUAUAGGUUACAACUACCCACUCAUUACCGUAUUAAUCCCUCGUUCCAUGUGUCUCUCCUCAGGCCGAUGGUGGCUGGCCCGCUCCAGGAGGCUGAAGUGCGUGAUGUUCCUCCGCCUCCUCUAGACAUCGAGGGGGUUCCGGCGUACUCUGUCCGAUCCAUUUUGGAUUCGAGACGUCGGGCGAGGGGCCUUCAGUACCUCGUGGACUGGGAGGGGUACGGGCCGGAGGAGAGAUGCUGGGUUCCGGUAAGUCGCUCUGGAUAAGAGCGUCUGCUAAAUGACUUAAAUGUAAUGUAAUGAGGACGUGUUAGAUCCAUGUUAUCAGAAUUCCACCGUCUCCAUCCGAAUCGCCCUGCACCUCGCCCUCCGGGUCGUCCCCGAGGCCAGUGUCGACGCGCAGCUGGAGCCGCGCGUCAGGGGGGGGGGGGUACUGUCACGACUUCUGCCGAAGUUGUUGCCUCUCCUUGUUCGGGCGGUGCUCGGCGUUCGACGUCACCGGUCUUCUAGCCAUCAUUGAUCCUUUUUUCAUUUUCCAUUGGUUUUGUCUUGUCUUCCCACACACCUGUUUUCAAUCCCAUUCAUUACCUGUUGUGUAUUUAACCCUCUGUUUCCCCUCAUGUCUUUGUCAGAGAUUGAUUUGUUGUCAGUGUAGUGUGAUUGUUUGUAUAGGUGCGCGUCGGGUCUUCGUACCCAUGUUUUGUUUGUUUGUACAUUUAUUGUUAUGGAGCUUACUCGUGGAACUUUAUUAAAAGACUCCAUAUUUACACUCCAUUUGACUCUCCUGCACCUGACUUCCCUGCCACCUAUUACACCUAUGCAUGACACACAGAGCAAUGCAAUCU